GAGUCAGGUGACAUAAUGCGGUGCAUCAUUAGGGGAAGACCCCUGAGGGGGGCUCAAUAUGCCAGCAAUAGAGGGACGACUUCCUCCAUGCACACCUCAGGCCUUUGGUCAGAACACCACACCCAUCUGCACCAGCUCCAUUCACCAGGCCCACUACAGGCUCCUGCCAGUACCGGGAAGCCGGUGGGCUCUUCUUAUGGUCUCCUUGGGGUCAACAGUGGCUCUGCCUCCGGGGUCAGUCCAGUCCUUGCUUGGCAUGCUGCCAUUAACGCAGCACGACAGGCACAAGGGGACGCUGCAAAGCUGGAAACAGGUUCCCAGCCUUCAGUUUGCACCACUGGACCGGCUCCUGUAGGCUCACUGGCCCAGAGGAAGAGACAGCAGUAUGCCAAAAGCAAAAAACAAGGAGGAUCCACCAACAGCCGGCCACCCAGAGCUCUGUUCUGCCUCACUCUUAACAACCCCAUCCGCAGGGCCUGCAUCAGCCUGGUGGAGUGGAAACCGUUUGAUAUCUUUAUACUGAUGUCAAUUUUUGCCAACUGCGUGGCCUUAGCCAUCUACAUCCCUUUCCCUGGAGACGACUCCAACUCUACCAAUCAAGAACUGGAAACAGUGGAAUAUGCCUUCCUCAUUAUUUUUACCGUAGAGACAUUUCUGAAGAUUAUUGCCUACGGCCUGGUCAUGCACCAAAACUCCUAUGUCAGAAAUGGCUGGAAUCUGCUGGACUUUGGCAUCGUCAUAAUCGGGUUGUUCAGUGUUGUUCUAGAGAUGAUAACCAAAGAUUCUGACUCUGGUGGACAGUCUGGGGGCAAGCCUAGUGGGUUUGAUGCCAAGGCCCUUCGAGCCUUUCGUGUUCUACGACCGCUCCGCCUUGUGUCUGGAGUUCCCAGUCUACAGGUGGUUUUAAACUCAAUUAUUAAAGCCAUGGUUCCUCUGCUUCACAUCGCUCUGCUCGUCCUCUUCGUCAUCAUCAUCUACGCCAUCAUUGGUCUGGAACUCUUCAUUGGCAAAAUGCACGCUACAUGCUAUGUGGUUAAAACAGGUGCUCUUGCUGAAGAAGAGCCAACGCCAUGUGCAGUAUCAGGGCACGGCCGUCAUUGCCUGCUCAACACCACAGUCUGCAGGGAAGGAUGGCAGGGUCCUAACAACGGAAUCACCAACUUUGACAAUUUCCUGUUUGCCAUGCUGACUGUGUUCCAGUGCAUAACCAUGGAGGGCUGGACCGAUGUCCUCUACUGGAUGAAUGAUGCCAUGGGCUUUGAGCUACCUUGGGUUUACUUUGUCAGCUUGGUCAUCUUUGGAUCCUUCUUUGUUCUGAACUUGGUCCUGGGGGUACUGAGUGGGGAAUUUUCCAAGGAGAGGGAAAAGGCCAAGGCUCGGGGUGACUUUCAGAAGUUGCGUGAGAAGCAGCAGUUGGAGGAAGACCUGAAGGGCUACUUGGACUGGAUCACCCAGGCCGAGGACAUCGACCCUGAGAACGACGAGGAAGGAGAUGAGGAAGGCAAGCGCAAUCGGGUCACACUGGCUGACCUCACUGAGAAGAAGAAAGGGAUGUUUGGCUGGUUCACCCAGUCCACAGAGACUCAGGCGAGCAUAACAGAGACAGAGUCCGUGAACACAGAGAACCACAAUGAAGAAGAAGACAAAUCCUUGUGCUGUGGACCACUGUGUCAAAAAAUUACUAAGUCAAAGUGCAGCCGUCAGUGGCGCCGCUGGAAUCGUUUUUGCCGCAGGAAGUGUCGAGCGGCUGUGAAAUCCGUGACCUUUUAUUGGCUGGUCAUUAUCUUGGUAUUUCUCAACACUCUCACCAUCGCCUCUGAGCAUUACAACCAACCAGACUGGCUGACGGAAGUACAAGAUGUGGCCAACAAAGUUCUCCUCGCUCUGUUCACUCUGGAGAUGCUGGUGAAAAUGUACAGUCUGGGGCUGCAGGCUUACUUCGUGUCUCUGUUCAAUCGAUUCGACUGUUUUGUGGUGUGUGGUGGCAUCAUUGAGACCAUCCUGGUGGAGCUGGCCAUCAUGUCUCCUCUGGGCAUCUCUGUGUUUAGAUGUGUACGCCUGCUUAGGAUCUUUAAAGUCACACGUCACUGGGCGUCUCUCAGUAACCUGGUGGCCUCUCUGCUCAACUCCAUGAAGUCCAUUGCAUCCCUGCUGCUGCUGCUCUUCCUUUUCAUAAUUAUCUUCUCUCUGCUCGGCAUGCAGCUCUUUGGGGGGAAAUUUAAUUUUGAUGAGAAUGUAACCAAGAGAAGCACGUUUGAUAACUUUCCACAGGCUCUGCUCACCGUUUUCCAGAUUUUGACAGGAGAAGACUGGAACACCGUGAUGUAUGAUGGUAUCAUGGCGUACGGUGGUCCAGCCACCUCUGGAAUGAUGCUCAGCGUUUACUUCAUCAUCCUCUUCAUCUGUGGAAACUACAUCCUGCUCAACGUCUUCUUGGCUAUUGCGGUUGACAACCUGGCAGACGCAGAGAGCCUUAACACAGCACAGAAGGAGGAAGAGGAGGCCAAGAAGAGGAAGAACAGUGCCAAGGAAAUAAGUACAGAAAAGAAAAAAGUUGAAAUGACAGAACCCAGCGAUGGAGAGACUAAGAUUCCACCAGAUGUCAACGUGGAGGAAGACAAAGAACUGUAUUCUGUGGUGGAUUCUCCAGUGUGUGGUGAUGGCGAUGAUGAGGAGCUUCCAGAAAUGCCCCCGGGACCCCGGCCCCAAAGGCUGUCUGAACUCACCAUCAGAGAAAAGACUCUACCCAUCCCAGAGGGCAGUGCCUUCUUUAUCUUCAGCAGCACCAACCCAUUUCGUGUUUUCUGCCAUAAACUGAUCAACCACCAGAUCUUCACCAACCUCAUCCUGGUCUUCAUCAUGCUCAGCUCUGUCUCUCUGGCUGCCGAGGAUCCCAUCCGUAACUUCUCUGCCCGCAAUAUUAUACUUGGUUAUUUUGACUAUGCUUUCACCGCAAUCUUUACUGUUGAGAUCCUGUUGAAGAUCCUAGGCUAUGCAGACUAUGUCUUCACUAGUAUGUUUACAUUUGAGAUCCUUAUUAAGAUGACAGCAUUUGGGGCGUUCCUUCAUAAAGGAGCAUUCUGUAGAAACUACUUUAACCUGUUGGACUUGCUGGUUGUCGGUGUGUCUCUGGUCUCCUUUGGGAUUCAGUCGUCUGCUAUUUCUGUGGUGAAGAUUCUCCGUGUUUUGAGGGUCCUUCGUCCUCUGAGGGCCAUCAACAGAGCCAAGGGCCUCAAGCAUGUGGUCCAGUGUGUGUUUGUGGCCAUCAGGACCAUCGGGAACAUCAUGAUCGUCACCACUCUGCUGCAGUUUAUGUUCGCCUGCAUUGGUGUGCAGCUCUUUAAGGGGAAAUUCUACAGAUGCUCAGAUGAUGCAAAGUCCAGCCCAGAGGAAUGCAAGGGCACAUACAUUCUCUACAGCAACGGUGACGCAGGCCUGCCAACAGUGAAGGAGAGGAUCUGGUACAACAGUGACUUCAACUUUGACAAUGUUCUCAUGGCCAUGAUGGCCCUUUUCACCGUCUCUACCUUUGAGGGCUGGCCUGCAUUGUUGUACAAGGCCAUCGACUCCAACAGAGAGAACAUGGGUCCAAUCUACAACUACCGUGUGGAGAUCUCCAUCUUCUUCAUCAUCUACAUCAUCAUCAUCGCCUUCUUCAUGAUGAACAUCUUUGUUGGUUUUGUCAUUGUCACCUUCCAAGAGCAGGGGGAGAAGGAGUAUAAGAACUGUGAGCUGGACAAAAACCAGCGACAGUGUGUGGAAUAUGCACUAAAAGCUCGUCCUCUUCGUCGUUACAUCCCCAAAAAUCGAUACCAGUACAAGUUCUGGUAUGUGGUCAACUCCACUGGCUUUGAGUACAUCAUGUUUGUCCUCAUUAUCCUCAACACUUUGUGUCUCGCCAUUCAGCACCACGGGGAGUCUCAAAUGUUUAACUAUGCCAUGGACAUCCUCAACAUGGUCUUCACUGGAGUCUUCACUGUGGAGAUGAUCUUCAAACUCAUCGCCUUUAAACCCAGAGGCUACGUUGGGGACGCCUGGAACGUCUUCGAUGCUCUGGUGGUGAUUGGCAGUGUAGUGGACAUCAUACUCAGCCAGAACUAUUUUGCCGAUGCAUGGAACACGUUUGAUGCCUUAAUUGUUGUGGGUAGCGUGGUUGACAUUGCCAUCACUGAGAUCAAUAACACAGAAGACAGUGCUCGCAUCUCCAUCACCUUCUUCCGUUUGUUCAGGGUGAUGCGAUUGGUCAAACUGCUGAGCAGAGGAGAAGGAAUCAGGACUCUGCUGUGGACCUUCAUCAAAUCCUUUCAGGCUCUUCCUUAUGUUGCUCUCCUCAUUGCCAUGCUGUUCUUCAUCUAUGCUGUCAUAGGAAUGCAGGUAUUUGGGAAAAUAGCAAUGGUGGAUGGAUCACAAAUCAACCGCAACAACAACUUUCAGACUUUCCCCCAAGCUGUCCUGAUGUUAUUCAGGUGUGCCACAGGUGAGGCCUGGCAGGAGAUCAUGCUGGCCUGUCUGCCUGGGAAACUGUGUGACUCAGAGUCUGACUACAACCCUGGAGAGGAGAAAACCUGCGGCAGUGGAUUUGCCAUCAUCUACUUCAUCAGCUUCUACAUGCUGUGUGCUUUUCUGAUCAUCAACCUGUUUGUUGCUGUGAUCAUGGACAACUUUGACUAUCUGACCCGUGAUUGGUCUAUACUGGGGCCACAUCACCUGGAUGAGUUUAAAAGGAUCUGGUCUGAAUAUGAUCCUGAAGCUAAAGGGAGAAUAAAGCAUCUGGAUGUGGUGACUCUGCUGAGGAGAAUCCAGCCUCCUCUGGGCUUUGGUAAACUCUGCCCACACAGAGUUGCCUGUAAGCGUCUGGUGGCGAUGAACAUGCCCCUGAACAGUGAUGGGACUGUGAUGUUUAAUGCCACUUUGUUUGCUCUGGUUCGCACUGCUCUGAAGAUCAAGACGGAGGGGAAUCUGGAACAAGCCAAUGAGGAGCUGAGAGCUGUGAUCAAGAAGAUCUGGAAGAGAACCAGCAUGAAGCUUCUGGAUCAAGUGGUGCCCCCCGCAGGCGAUGACGAGGUAACAGUGGGGAAGUUUUAUGCCACAUUCCUGAUACAGGACUACUUCAGGAAGUUCAAAAGACGCAAAGAGCAAGGUCUUGUGGGAAGACGCUCUUGGGAGAGAUACAAUACCACCCUGGCUCUACAGGCUGGCCUGCGUACGCUGCAUGACCUUGGACCAGAGAUACGUAGAGCCAUAUCAUGUGACCUGCAGGAGGAGGGGCUAGUAGAUGCUAAUGGGGAGGAAGAGGAAGUGAUCUACAGGCGUGAUGGCGGUUUGUUUGGGAACCAUGUCAAUCAUGUCGUCAACAACCAGCAGGGCACCUCCUACCUAACUACUGUCACCCAGCGUCCUCUACAGAUUUUGAACGUCUCCUGCAGCUCCUCAGUUGAACCCAUCCAGACUGUGAGGACGUCGAUCAGGGACAAAGAGGGAGAGACAGAGCUGAACUCCUCACCCCAUCAGGAAAAUCACCAUUAUCAUAAAAAUAAUUACACCCAAUCCAAUUCCACCAACAAUUCAUCGCAAAUACCCUCUAACGCCAACCUUAACAAUGCCAACGUGCACACUGUUUUUUCUGUGACCAACGGGAGCCAGCAGAGUUGCUUGAGGAGAAACCAUAUUUCCUGUAGCAAAAAGAAUGGAUCUGCACCCACAUUCAGCAAAGGAGCACACAACAAACCAUGGAAGUCAUACGCAACAAGGUAAACAUGUAAAAAUGACACAGAAAACAUGUAAACGAUCAUGCAAGAGGAAAAAACUAAUGUGAAAUUAGGAUUUUGCCAAAAAGAAUUCCCAAAAUUUCUUUUUUGGAAUUUUGAAAAAAAAAAAUCUCCAUCUGUCCAAAAUGAAAUUAGAUUUUACUUAAAAAAAUCUAAAAAAAAGGUUCUAAAAAAAUGCUCUAAUUUGAUGAGAAACAUGCAGAAAAUAUAUAAUAUAUUUAAUUUUUUAAUUUUUUUAAUUAUCUUGGUUUUUCAUGAUGGUAAGGAAAGGCAUGUUUUGGGUGAUUGUUGAAAUAUUCAUAUAAAAUACUUUUUGGAGUUUAAAACACAAAAUAAUCACUUGGCAGCAUGUUUUAGGACCUAAUCUGGCAUUUUAAGGCGUUUUGGGGAUUUUUUAUUUUUAUGGAUAUUUUUACGGAUAUUUUUACGAUGGUAAGAAUAUACCAUAGGGUAAGGCAAGUUUUGGGUGAUUCCUUAAAUAUUCAUAUAAAAU